AUGAAUUUGGUAGACUUUGAAGUAGAAGUUCUGCAUCUCUCCCAACUCCAACUCAAAAUCAUUCUCCUCUCUCACGUUUCUGAAGCUAGCCUUCUUCUACCAUCUUCCUCUUUCUCUCUCUCUCAAGUCAUUUUCACCCAAGACGAUUUGAAGAAAAUCGCCGCCUACAAAACCGUCGAGUACGUCGAAUCUGGUAUAAUUUUUGGCCUCAGAAUUGGCUCUACUGCCAAACACGCCGGCAUGACAAACUCAAGGACAUCGUCGGCGCACGAGCAAGCCCUAUCUCUCGGGAUCCCCUUGUUGGAUAUGGACUCUCAACCUGUCGUUAAUCUCGUCGUUGACGAUACCGACGAGGUUGAUUAUUAUCUUAACCUCGUCAACGAAUGUAGUGGCACCCUCUUAAAGGAGAAGAUGGUUGAAGGUGCUUGCAAGAAAUUCGUUAUAAUCGUUGAUGAGUCUAAGCUCAUUAACUAUGUUGGUGGUAGCAAUUUGGCUAUGUCCGUGAAAAUUAUUAAAUGUAAAAAACAAAAAAUCAUAAUUGAUUGGGACUACUCGAUUUUAGCCAAGCUGCAACCCACCUAA